AUGGUAAGCGGCGGCGAUGGUAACAGAGAGAAGGCGGAUGUGUGGCUAGCUACAUCGGAGAAACUGUUGGCCGUGAGUGACUUUCAGGGAGCAAAGACAUUCGCGAUCCACGCAUGCGAAGCCGACCCGUCCCGAGCAGACGCAGCAGACUAUAUCCUCGCCAUCUCCGACACUCUCCUCGCCGGAGAAUCCACCGUCGGAGUAUCAAACUUACCGGACUGGUACGCAGUACUCCGACUCGUCCGGCUAACCGGAAACCCAGAACAGAUCGCGAUUCAGUACCGUAGACUCGCUCUCCUCCUCAACCCCACGGUGAAUCGUCUCCCUUUCGCCGAUCAGGCGCUUAAGCUCGUCUCUGAUGCUUGGUGCGUCCUCUCUGAUCCUCCCAGGAAAUCAAUGUACGACCGAGAGUUGCAGCUGCUGAGUCAAAUCGGUCAAUCCGGUCAAGCCCAAAGCCAAUCGGAGAAAUUUCAGCGGCCAAAUGAUCCGCCAUUGCAGAGCCAAGCUGAGAGCUCGGAGAAUCCUGUGGAUAAGAGCUUCUGGACAGCUUGUCCAUUCUGCUUUUCACUAUUCGAGUACCCAAAGGGUUACGAGGAAUCCGUAUUGAGGUGUCAGGAAUGUAAGAGAGCGUUUGAAGCGGUUACGACGCAAACGCCACCGACGGAGAGUAAUGGCAAAGGCGUUUACUUUUGUUCAUGGGCUGUGGUACCGUUGGGGUUUUCAGGUGAUGCUAUAAAAACCUCUUCUUGGUCUCCAAUUUCACCUCUCUUCGCUUGCCCUGUGAAAAGCUCUGUCCAGCAAGUAGAUAUGAAUGAUCCUGUAAGAAACCAUGUCAACGUUGAUGAUGAUGAUGACAUACAUAUUACGAUUUCUGACGAUGAUGAUGCUGAUGGGAGAGAUGGUGCAAAGACAAAUAAGAAAAGUGGAUAA